AUGACUAAUGUUAAUCCAAUAGCAAUGUUAGCUGCACAAUGUAAUAAAUUUCAAUCAUCAAAUCCAAGUCCACCAUUAUCACCAUCAAAAGCAAAUUUAUAUGCUUGGAAACGACCAAUCGUAAAUAAUCCAUCAAUACAUUCCAAUUCUCAAAUAACAUCACCAUUCGUUCGUAUUAAUCAUUAUGAACAUUCAUUAUUAAAUAGUAAUGGACAUUUAAAAGAAAAUUCAUCAACACCAUCAUCAACAACAACUUGGAUGGAUAUGCAUCAUCAUCAUCAUAAUCAUCAUCAACCAUGGUUUACAACAAAUCAAACACCUCCUAUUUUGAACCAUAAUGAUCAACAAACAUCUCCACCUCCAUCAUUAUUUUCUGCAACAGCCAAUGUUCAAUAUCCAACACAUGUUCAAUCAACACAUUACAAUGAUUUUCUUUCUGUUAAUCAUCCAUAUAAUACAGAUUCAUAUCGACAUGAAUUUCGUUUAUUUUAUCCACCUAUUGUAUCAUCUCAUACACCUUCACCACCAACAAUUCAAGCAUCAACAUCAUCCACAUCAACAUCAUCAAUAACGAAAAAUCCAUUAAAAAAACCUAAAACAAGUCGUGCUCAAUGUGAUUGUCCAAAUUGUCGUGAAGCUGAUCGUUUAGGUUAUAUUUCUGGAUCAACUGUACGAAAAAGAAAUAUACAUAAUUGUCAUAUACCGGGAUGUGGAAAAGAAUAUCAUAAAACUUCACAUCUUAAAGCACAUUUACGUUGGCAUACAGGUGAACGACCAUUUGUAUGUAAUUGGUUAUUUUGUGGAAAACGAUUUACCCGUAGUGAUGAACUUCAACGACAUUCACGUACACAUACAGGUGAAAAAAGAUUUGCAUGUCAAAUAUGUGGAAAACGUUUUAUGAGAAGUGAUCAUCUUAAUAAACAUGUAAAAACUCACAUCAAUAAUAGCACUAAUGAUGAACAUCGAUCAAGAAAUGUUGAAUCUCAUACACAAGAAAAUCAUGAUCAUCAUCAGACAUAUCAUCAUAUGCAUCAUCAAAGAUUUCUAUCAGCUGAUAUUAAAACAGAACCGAGAAUGAGAGAUUAG